AUGCUGGCCUGGCGUCGUCAAUCUGGCCACUUCUCCUUCCAACUAGAAUGUGACAGAUUAGGCGCUUCUGAUUGCGACAGUGCUAACAUUAGCGGGACGGCAGCAUUGACGAUGAAAUACCUGUACGCACUUGAAUUCGCCAGCGCCACCCUGACGAUCGGAACGCUGGGUGCCUUCUCCGACUAUAUGGGCCGCAGGAAAGUCCUCCUCAUCAGCUCCUGCGGACAGUUCCUUUACCUCUUGCUCUUCCUCCUUGCCCUCACACACUCCUCCUCCUCAUCCUCCACCCCGUCCGCCGCGCCCUCAUCCCCCUCCUCUUCCUCGUCCUACCGGGCUGCCCGCAUUUGCCUCUUCGUGGCCACUUUCGUGAAUGGACUGACGGGCUCAUACGGCACUUAUUUGUCGGGCGUGUAUGCCUAUGCAGCAGAUCUGACCAAGCGAAAACCGACGGAUCGGGGCGUCAUUUUUGCGAAAAUCGUGGGCUGCCUUGCCCUUGGCAACACGGCGGGACCUUUCUUGUCCGGGCUCUUACUGAACGGAGCGGGCUUCUUUCUGCCUCUGGUGGUUCAUGCGAUCAUGGCUGGAUUGACGCUGGUGUUGAUAGCUAUUGAGUACUGCCUGUGA